AUUUGCAGCGAAAGUGUUCCAUUUCACUGUCUCUUUUCUUCAUAGAGCCUGUGCUCAUAUUUCACUCUUGAAUUAUCCUUUUUCUAGACAAGCCAAUCUCUCUCUCACUCUCUCUUUCUCUCUCUCUCUCAAGUCUCAACCUUGUCAACCUUUAUCAAGAAGAUUAAUGGCAGAGAAGGAGCAGCAACCAGGGCAUAACUCGGCCGCACCAUAUAAUUAUGGCCGAGCAGACGAAGAGGCACAAACCAAAGAACUUAAACGCCAGAAACGCAAGAAACUUAUUCUUUAUAUUGCUGCGUUCGCUGUAUUCCAAACCAUUGUUAUAGUGAUCUUUUCACUCACUGUCAUGAAGGUCAAAACUCCCAAGUUCCGCGUUCGUACUGCCUCAUUUGAGACAUUUAGUGUCACAGCAUCAUCAUUUGACAUGAGAAUGAAUGCUCGACUUGGUGUCAAGAACACCAACUUCGGUCCCUACAAAUUCGACAAUAGUACCAUUACCUUCUACUACAGGGGUGCAGAAAUAGGGAAUGCUCUUGUUCCUAAGUCAACGGCUAAAUUUCAAUCCACCAAGAGCUUCAAUGUUACAAUAAAUCUAUCAUCAACUAAUUUACCAACCAGUUCAGAAUUAGGAAGUGAUUUCAAUUCUGGGAUUUUGCCACUGAGCAGCACAUCAAGAUUGACCGGAAAGGUGGAGCUAAUGCUGGUGAUGAAGAAGAAGAAAGCUAUCAAUAUGAAUUGCACCAUGGAAGUUAAUAUCGCGAGCAAGCAAAUCCAGAAUUUGAAAUGCGAAUGAUACAUAUUUGUGUUAAUCUGCUUAGUGUUUAAUUCCUGAAAAUUCUUUUGAUUCUUUUUGUUUAUUUUUUUAUUUUUUUAUUUUUUUAUUUUUUCAAUGUAUUUGAGUGUGCACUUAAUAUAUAUUUUUGUGUGUCAUCCUUUUCUACC